AUGUCGACAUCUCAAGGCCGGGAUAAGGUGGAGGAGGAGAUGCAGCAGGUAGCGGCAUCAGCAUUGACCUCGACCUCGACCUCAGAUGGAAAUUCAUGUGGGGCGCUAUCAGCAUUUACACCUGUCAACGCAAAUCGAGCUUCCAUUGAAUUUAUCAGUCCGUUGAAGACACCCCAGGAAACCCGAGUGGGACAAGACAUCCCCGAGGAGCCAGCACUCAAGCGGAGGAAGGGGGGAGCUGCGCAGGCGAACAAAGGGCGUGCUGUUUCGACAGCACAAGUGUGGGAAUAUAGGGACGAAGGGGAUGUCGUGGCUCACAAUGCAGGGGCUGAUUUCCAGGCAUCCUUCCCCAAGAGAAAAAAGUCAGCACCAGCCAAACGCUCCAAGGCUGCCCCAGGACAUUCAGAGAAGCUCGAUCAAGUGUGCGGUCAAGAUGGCCCAACUUCGUCGUCUAUGCAGGACUCUGAAUACCGUGGCCAGCAACAGGGUUCUCGGAUGAUAACGCCUCCUGAUUCAGGAACACGGCUCACGAAAAGAGCGGUGUCUUCGAAGGCACAGAACCCAAAAUUCAAGCCGGGUCCAUUCCGCAACAGUGUGAUUACAAAAUCGUCAGUAUCUCGCGAAGGCUAUGGGCUCGUCACAAAGCCUGUUACCAUACUCCAGGGGUGGACAAGCACAGAGGAGACUAUGAAGUCGCUAUCGAACGGAAUAUCAAAGACGACACUUGAUAGGUUGACCGCCUUCAGAUUUAGGCAAACUGCAGCUCUACCAAGCCCCGGCCAUUCGCUUCCCCAGAGUGACCAUGUGCCAGGGAAUGAAUCCGAAGAACUGUACGUCGGGGCACCUUUUUCACCACCGUCGAUUGACGAUGGACCGAUUCCCAGCUAUGACUCCAUUUUCGAUACAUACCAUCAGAUGGACCAAGAAAAUGAUCCAAUUGUUGUUCCUCAAGGAACUCAAGUUGAACAGUCGCAAAAGCCAAUAUGGGGCAAUGAAACCGGCGGACACGCCAACUUUUGCAAUAGCGCUUCAUGGGACAUCAGAUCAAGUCGUGCAGCCCAUGAUAUGUAUCUUUUAAAACCACGCGGUACCCAGGUUCCAAUAAAUUGCACCCCUAGCAAGCUUUUACAAAAUGAAGAAGCCUCAAGGCUCUUCCCACUAGUGGCAAAUGUUGGGCGCGGAAUUCCGCAGCAUGACUCUGACUUCGGAGAACCCUCGUCAAGUGAUUUUCAAGCCAUGACGGGCCUAGAAGAUGAAGCUCACGGCAUACAUCACAACAACAGGCUGCUUACCGAUGCCCUUCUACCAGAGCACUCAAAUCCAGAAGAAGCUCAAGACACUGAUGGGUGCGGUAUCAAACACAAUUCGGAUGAUCCAGCCAAAGUCCAGGUCGAUGUUGCAGGUUUCUCUUCGAUUGAAGCAGAUGAUCCAGCCGAGGUUCCAGCAUAUCGCAAAACCUUCGAUGACAACCAGCCUGUUUCUCGCCAUCUCGCAGACCUAGAACAGGUUCAAGUUGAAGAAUCCGACGCAGAUGAUUGCGAAAUGGUACAGAGGGGCGGCCCUAACGACUUUGACUUUGAUGAGUUUGGAGGCGACGAGCUCGAUGACGCUGAUUUGCUCGCAAUCACAUCGGAUCAAGCCAUGCCAGAGACACGGCCUGAAGCUGAAAUCAAGAAUAAUUGUGGUGGCCUAGGAACCAGUGGGUUUCAUGCCUCUGUUCCGGUCCAUGCACCAUCGACAGGGAGUCGCCAGGAUCAGCCUACAAUUCCCAAAACAUUGCCAGAGAUAAUCGACCUAGAUGACGAGUAUCCAUUGGAAGAAGGACUCGAGGAAGAAGACAUGAUUUCGCUGCCAGAGCAUUUUAAUGGGGUGGUAGAGAGCUUUCAAGCUCCUCCUAGUCUUCAAUUUCCUUUCAGCAACGACUCGAUGUCUGGGGAAGUAUAUGACAGAUCUCUUCAAUUCUCACCUCCAAAAAAGCGACCGUUAUCUGCAUCGCCUGGGAAACCGGCCGAUGGGUCUUCUACUGACGCAAAUAGUCCGAGUAAAGCCGGCAAUACUGACCUCGUUCCAGGCGCUAUGUACGAGGAGGACUGGUCUUUCAUUCGAUCGAACAACGUUGAUGAUUCUAACGCGCCUCCUAUAUCUGAUCGUGCCAUUGAAAGACAUAGUGCUGUCAGUGCCGGCCAGGUUAUAAAGCGCAUAAUACCUCUAGGACCCCAAAAACGGCGACUUCCAUCAACCCCUACCAAGACUCAACAAGCUACUCAAAAAUCCAUUCUUGGCUUAACCAUAGAUGACAGCCGCGACUUCGAACCUCUCAAACCAUUUGCUCGACCAGCUUUUCCUGAUACGGUGGCUGACCGUUGUCCAAUCACGGGCGUUUCGCCUCAAUCCAUCCUUCGGGUUUGCUUUCGAGUUGGUGAAAUGUUCAAGGAAGGCGCUAGGUGCGAUUCUCUUAAGCAGGACGUUGUCAUUGAGCUAUUCGCAAAAGUCACUUUCUCAUCUCGUGAGCAAGGUACCACGAAGCAGCACUUCCAAUUUGCGGACCUUUGGCAUGACCGACCUCCUUUUCCUAACGGGAUCCUGCCCAACUACAAGGGUACUGAGUUGGCCGAAAGUGAGAGCAGGGUUUUCGUCGAUGCUGGGAAGCAUAUGAUGGCAAGAUGCAUCGGAAGGUUGAAGAGGGACAAGAAAAUGGUCACCGGUUGGCUGCUGGACAUUAUUAAUAUCCGGCCGACUGACUGGGAGGAGAUCAAGUGGACGAAGAGAAUUGUAAGUGCGGGUCUUGUAAAGUCCGAAAAGAUGGGUGUAUAA